AGAAGAUCGGCGCGAAACGGUUGACGCUCGCCGAACGGGAAUUGGUGUUCGACCAGUGGUAUGCAUUGCAAAAGUAACGUACUAGUAUAAAUUGCAUUACAAAUUUUGGCAAGAAGAAAAGUGGAGUUUGUAAUGCUGUUGUACCUUAGGAGGGAGAUUUGACAUGCAUGUUUGCAAUUAGUACGAGUGCGAUACUUUUGCACAGCAUAAAUAGUUUGCGGCCCUGUCGAACGAGUUGCAGUUUUGCCUACGCGGGAUGGUUUUCCAUCAUCAUCAUCACCAACAUCCCAGCGCAAUAUUAAAUCCCAGCUCCUUUGAUCAUGCAACAUCUACUUCCGGGUACUCGUACUCCUCCCAGCAACAGUCAGACAAGAUGAACCAGUUCGCAAGCCGGUUUCUGAUCACCGCGACGC